GUCCCAAAGCGAAGCCGCUCGGGCCGGGGGGGGGUCUCUGCGGGGUGGCGGCCCUGCCAGCUCCGGCGCGGGGUUUGUCCAAGCGACUGACAGGGGGCGUCUCUCUCCUCCCUUUCCUCUCCGCAAGUUGGAGCCCGGGCGUGUGCAGCGAGCGGCGGGCGCGGGGGCAUGAACCUGGAGGGCAGCGAGUGCGGGAUGAGCUCGGUGAGCUGCGGCAACGGGAAGCUCCGCCAGUGGCUGAUUGACCAGAUCGACAGCGGCAAGUACCCGGGCCUGGUGUGGGAGAACGAGGAGAAGAGCAUCUUCCGCAUCCCCUGGAAGCACGCCGGCAAGCAGGACUACAACCGCGAGGAGGAUGCCGCCCUCUUCAAGGCUUGGGCUCUGUUUAAAGGAAAGUUCAGAGAGGGCAUUGAUAAACCAGAUCCCCCAACUUGGAAGACAAGGCUCCGGUGUGCUUUGAAUAAGAGCAAUGACUUUGAAGAACUGGUUGAGAGAAGCCAGCUGGAUAUUUCUGAUCCAUAUAAAGUAUACCGAAUAGUGCCAGAAGGAGCUAAAAAAGGGGCAAAGCAACUCAGCCUAGAGGAUCAACAGAUAAUGAUGAACCAUCCCUACACAAUGACUUCUCCUUAUACUUCACUACAGGCUCAGGUGUCAAACUACAUGGUACCUCAUGAACGUAACUGGAGAGAUUUUGCCCCAGAACAGCCACACCCUGACAUCCCUUACCAGUGCCCAAGUGUUCCUUUUGCAGCUCGCAGUCACCAUUGGCAAGGUCCUGGUUGUGAAAAUGGUUGUCAGGUGACUGGAACCUUUUAUGCUUGUGCACCAUCUGAGUCACAGACUCCUGGGAUCCCAAUAGAGCCAAGCAUAAGGUCUGGUGAAGCUCUUGCACUAUCAGACUGUCGACUGCACAUCUGUCUAUAUUACCGUGAAAUACUGGUGAAAGAGACAACGACUUCAAGUCCUGAAGGCUGUAGAAUAUCUCAUGCCCAAAGUUAUGAAGUCAGCAGCUUGGAUCAAGUUAUCUUCCCUUAUCCUGAAGAUAACGGCCAGAGGAAAAACAUAGAAAAACUACUGAGCCAUUUGGAACGAGGAGUAAUACUCUGGAUGGCACCUGAUGGGCUUUAUGCUAAGAGACUUUGUCAAAGCAGGAUCUACUGGGAUGGACCUCUGGCAUUAUGCAGUGACAGGCCAAAUAAACUGGAAAGGGAGCAGACGUGCAAACUUUUUGAUACUCAGCAGUUUUUAGCAGAACUGCAAGCUUUUGCCCACCAUGGACGUCCAUUGCCUAGAUUCCAGGUUGCUCUGUGUUUUGGAGAGGAAUUUCCAGACCCACAAAGGCAAAGGAAGCUAAUUACAGCCCACGUUGAGCCAGUGUUUGCAAGGCAGCUGUACUACUUUGCUCAACAAAACAGUGGACAUUUUCUGAGAGGCUAUGACUUACCAGAACAUGUCACUAGUCCAGAGGACUACCACAGAGCUAUUCGCCAUUCCUCCAUCCAAGAAUAAUCUCCUCAGAAGGAGCGUGUUUAAAGCUAUGUAAAGAUGAUACAUAUUGGAAGAACAGAACUGGAUUACAUUUUGGGGAUGCAAAUCACAACUGGAUUUAUCCAGGAAAAUAAAGUCUGAGAGAUUGGAAAAUGAACUAGACAAGAAUAUUGUACAAUAGAAACAAUGGGUCUUCAGGAUUUGGACGGUACAUCUCACAUAGAUUCUGCGGUUACUGGGGAUAACUGUGAAAACUGACAAAAUGUUUGAUAUGUUUACAUUGUUUAAACAUUCUCCAUGGUUUGAGGAUGACUUCUUACUGAAGACUUAAAUUCAAAGUUUACAAUGUUAAAUUUGCAGAGCUAUUUAUUUGUGAUUACAAAUCUCAGGGCGGAGAAGUAUAUUAGCAGUAUUCCCAGCACAAAGCUGUAGCUACUGUGGGAAAGAUAGCACACAAGUGGCCUAGGAAUCCAUAAAUAUUAUGUUGUGAAUAGCUACAUAUGUAAAUGGUUAAGAAUUUAGAUUAAGUGUGGUAAACUUUUUAUGCCUAUAUUCUUCUAUGAAAGUUUCAGUGUUAAUUUUUUUAAAAAAAUCCAAUUCUAAUGAGAUAUAUAUUUUUAAUGCCUGACAUUUCUCUUCACAGGACAUUUUGUUGCGAUCAUUGCUGUUUGUGGAUUGAUACCCAUAAUAGCACUUAGAAGAGUUGUCUAGAAUGGUGUAUUUGGGGUAGUAUAUUUUGAAGCGUGACCAUUUAACAUUACAGAGUCAGCAAUCAACUGAUGUUUUUUGCUAACAAUCUCUAGAACGGGGAGUUUUUGCUGUCUGUGUUGCAGGUGGGACCAUUGACUCGAAUGCUAGAGCCUAGAAUAAAACAGGUUUUUGAGGAAACAAAGCUUUGUAACCUUUGAUAAUUAUUCUUUCAUAAGUGAUUAUUUUGGAUGGGCAUUCUCAGUGGCACAUGUAUGUAACAUGUAAUAGAUUUCCAAAGUACAUUUGUACAGAUAUGGUAAAUAUUCACAAAAAAAGUUGUUGUCUUACAAAAGGUCAAAUUCUGCUCUUGGAUGUGCACUCUUUCUUGUGUACAGACGUCAGUGGGCAACAGGUGUCCGAAGAAGAGCAGACUUUGGCUCACAGUAUUAGUAGGGUUGGGAAUAUUUAUCCUAGCUUUUGUUUUAAAAAGUUUAAAAAAGUGUAAUUUCAGGAGAUUUACAACUCUUAAUGCUGGGUUGUUGAUUAUUUGCUUGCAUAUGCAAAUGAACAUGAAACUCUUUUGUAUGGCAAAGAGAGAGAGAGAGAUCUGUCAUAUUCAAAUGUAUGUGCAUGUACAAGUGAAAUUCUAAAGCCAGUUAUGCAGCAGGCCAGACUAGAUGAUCAUAAUGGUCUGUUCUGGCCUUAAAAAUCUGUGAAUUUAUAUUUCUCAUGCCAGAAAAAUCCUCUCCACAGUUAGAAAUACUCUUUGCUUGAAUUUCUAGCUAGUACAAAAUCGUAUAUGGUCUGACAGCAGACUCGCAUUCUAGGGCACCUAAAUUUAUACAUCUUAAAGAUGCAUACUAUUUUGGGAUAUAAUAUCCCUCUUUUUUUUUCUUCUCCCCUCCCCAUAAAGCCAGUUUAUAAAUUCAUUAGGUUUUGAUGUUCUUUAUUUCUUGAAAUGUAUUCUCUGAUUUAUAUAUUGUUAGGAGAAUACUCUGUCCCAGAGACAUUAAAAGUUCUGCUUUAGUCAGCCUCCAACCCUUUUUUUCAAUUUGCACACAUCUAUGUUUAUUUUAGUCCAAUGAAGCAUGCCUAGCUUCAGUUGAUAUCAACUAGACUUCUGUGUGCAGGAUUGCAGAAAUGAAUUGUUAUACAGUAUUUGAUGUGGUUUUAACUUUUCCUAAUAGUCAUUGCUUUCCUUGCUAAGUAUAUCAACUCUCACCUCAGAAUCAAGCUAUGGACUCCACCUGGUCAAUUUGGUAGACCAGAUGGGUUGUUUUCUGAGGUAGGUUAGUUCUUAGAGAUCUGCUCCUGCAUUAACAUCUCAGGCGAGCAAGAGAGCCAGUUAAGUAAGUGUGAGGUUUGUUUAUGUAAAGGUUGCAGGAACAGACCACAACAAAGGGAGUUUGAAAUAUGAAAAUAUUCAGUAUGUUGAUUCACUUAACAAAACAUUGAAAAAUACACGUUUUUUCCUUGCUGAAUUGUAGUCAUUGUAAGGAAUACAAAUAACUGAGGGCCAGAUUCUGCUAUUGGAUGCCUGGGCCUCCCAUGGAUUUCAGAAUUUGGAUCUUGAUGUCUUCUAUGGCUUAUGUGAAAUCUGGAUUCUUAAAAUGAAGGCAUAGUGAUGAUGAUGAUGAAUGUUUUCAGUACCACUACACAUUUUGUUCAGUUCAUCAAGUGUGACUUGUAAUAUGCUAUUUUUCAGGAUUAUAUUACUAAAUUCCCUAGGAGAAAAUAAGAGGUUGAAAGUUAGUGAUAUUGGCCCUUGACCCUGCUCCCAUGGAAAUCAAUAGUGAAAGUCCCAUUGAUCUUCAGUGGGAAUCAGAUGAUGCCUUGCAGGAGCAAAGAAUGGAACGGACUGUUAAGUGAUCAGUUUUAAUCCUUCCGGCACGUGAAGGGAGUUUCAGAUUGUUCCCUCAAGAGUAUAAAGACCACAGCUUCAUAAGCUUACAUGUUUUAGAAUAAAGGCUACAGAAACACUGAAAGUUUGGGGGUUACAAAUUACAUUUAUUUUUUGCUUGUAGAUAUUUUAGGAUAGUUUACUGUUAUGUUAGUCUGAAACCUGAUUGUAUUGAACUACUUGUUGUUUUGGAAUGUGAUACCUUCCAGGAAAGCAGGGAAUUGCAAGUAUAUAAUAAGGCAGCUUCUCAAAAUGUAUUCCAGGUUUUACCCCUUCUAGCCAUGGAGUGAAGAAGUUUUCAAACUUACACUGAUUUUUUAAUCCUUUGAUAAUGAUGGCCAGGAUUUCACAGACUCAUUGCAGACAACCUAUAUUGCUGUUACAUUACUACCCCGAUUAGGCAAAGCAUAGGAACUCUUAGUUUGAGCAUGUGUUUAAAUCCAUUACUACUCAGCAAAGCACUUGAAUGCAUGACAGAUUCUUAGUGCUUUGCAGAAUUGGGCCUAGAGAGUGAGGCACUGGGAUGUGUGUGCAUGUGUUAGAGAGAAGAGGAGUUGGGAUAGGACCAAAGGGAGAUGAAUAAAUUAAAUAAUGGGAAUUGUCCUGCUGGUGUAGCAAUAGCUUAUGCCAUUACACACAGUAACCCAAAGCAAGAGAGGAGUCUGAAAAGAGAUCUAGUAAGCCUUUUAAGACGGGGAAACUAUGCAAGUCUUUGUAUUGCAUCUUCUCUACUAUACAAAGUCAGAGGUACAGGGAGGUAGUCUUCUGAAGGAACUUUUAAUUAUUCUCCCCAGUGUAAAGUUAGCAGCUGUCGAAGAAAAAACAAGGAAAGAAAAGAAAAAGAACAGCAUCCAAUAAGAAGCUGCAUGUGACAUCCAGUAGGACUUUCCACAGAUUCUGACCUAAUAUUAAAUACCCUAUUUAUAGUGUAAUAAAGGUGAAAAUUUAUUUAAUACAGACAAAAAUCCAGAAAGAUCUAUUUUUGAAAAACGAGUAAUGACUAUCUCGGUGGCAUUGUGAAUUACAUUGUAAAUUGAUUUUUAAAUACUGUAUUUGAUUUGUGUGACAACCUGCUAUUGUUCCAAAUAACCAAUACAUAAAUAAAGUGGGGAAAACAUGCACAUUUUCUCUGGUUAAAUAUUUUUACACCAGCACUAG